AUGCAUAAUCGUCAGGCGUUGAGCUUGAAAAUGCUUUGGCAGAGUCUCAAGGACUAUGAUCUGUGGCCAGUCUACAUCAUCGGUAUCCUGUUCGAGAUUCCUACCUCGCCACCAAAGACAUAUCUCAGCUUGUCGCUGAAGGCUAUCGGGUUCAGCACCUUCCAAACUACUUUACUGGGCAUUCCGGUUACCGUUUUCGCAGCAAUCAACCUGCUGAUCAUCACCGAGUUGUCAGAACGGUUCAAACAGAUCUCCAUCUUCGGAAUCCUGACCCAACUCUGGUCUCUUCCUCUCCUGAUUGUUCUGUACACCUCGGCUAGUACGCUAUCCCACUGGGGGCUCUAUGCGGUUACCUUUGUUCUGCUUGGCUGGCCGUCCAUCCACGCUGCACAAGUCGGAUGGUGUUCCCGACUGAGCAAUGCGGUGCGAACGAGGGCUGUCAGCGCGGCUCUCUAUAACAUUACCAUUCAGCUUUCCGGGAUUGCGUCCUCCAAUAUUUACCGCGAGGAUGACAAGCCAUACUACCACCGGGGAAACUCGCAGCUGAUUGCCAUCAACGUAGCGACUAUUGUGGCGUACGUGUUGGCAAAGCUCUACUAUGUGGGGAGAAACAAGUGGAAACGCGCAAAAUGGGAUGCAAUGACGACAGAGGAGAAGGCCCACUAUCUUGGGACGACUAGUGAUCAAGGUAAUAAGAGGCUGGAUUUUCUGUUUGAUAGUUAG